CCUUUAAGGAGGCGAAGCCGGCGGAGGGAGGAGCUGGCCCAGGUGUGUGCAGGAGAGCGCCUCGCCGGCGGGACUCCGGGCUGGAGUCCAGGGCCGCAGAGCCGAGCAGUUCCUCGCCAUCUGGCCCAGCCCGCUCGCCCGCCUCGCCACUGGCCUCGCCUCUCUGCCCUCCGCUUGGGCUGUACCUUCACCGCAGGGGUGCGGCAUGGGCGGACCCCGCAGGGGUGUACGGUGCCCCCACUGACUGCCCUUGCACGAGACCCCAGCCUGCAGCCUCCUCUACGAGCACAGCCUCGACGAUCAUUCUCGGACCCACAACGACUCCCAAACAGCUGCCGCCACCCCGGCCUCCGAGCCACGUCCGGACCCCCUGAUCGCCGGGCACCAGAGCGCCAAGGACCCUCUGGCCCGUACCCCGCAGGAGCCGUCGGUGGACGCGGCGCUCCGGACCCUGACGUCCCCUGCUCUCAGUACUCUCGGCGCCAACCGCAAAGCCCCGGGGUCGGCUCCCGGGGAUCGGGAUCCCGGACCGGCGCGGCCGUCGGCAGCAGCAGACGACGGGGGGUACGGGGGACCGCGGCGCUAUGACGGCCGAGAGCGCGCCGCCUCCCGCGCCGCAGCCCGAGGCACUGGCGGCCGUGAAGGAAGAGCGCGGUGAGGCGGCGGCGGGCGCGGGGGUCCCGGCGGAGGCGGCGGGCCGCGGCGCGGGGGGACGGCGACGCAAGCGCCCCCUGCAGCGGGGGAAGCCGCCCUACAGCUACAUCGCGCUCAUCGCGAUGGCCAUCGCGCACGCGCCCGAGCGCCGCCUGACUCUGGGCGGCAUCUACAAGUUCAUCACCGAGCGCUUCCCGUUCUACCGCGACAACCCCAAGAAGUGGCAGAACAGCAUCCGCCACAACCUCACCCUCAACGACUGCUUCCUCAAGAUCCCGCGCGAGGCGGGCCGCCCGGGCAAGGGCAACUACUGGGCGCUCGACCCCAACGCCGAAGACAUGUUCGAGAGCGGCAGCUUCCUGCGCCGCCGCAAGCGCUUCAAGCGCUCGGACCUGUCCACCUACCCGGCCUACAUGCACGAUGCAGCCGCUGCUGCCGCCGCCGCCGCCGCCGCCAUCUUCCCGGGCGCCGUGCCCGCCGCGAGGCCGGCCUACCCGGGCGCCGUCUAUGCGGGCUACGCGCCGCCGCUCGCCGCGCCCCCGCCGGUCUACUACCCCGCCGCGUCGCCGGGGCCCUGCCGGGUCUUCGGCUUGGUUCCCGAGCGGCCGCUCAGCCCCGAUCUGGGCCCCGCGCCGUCAGCGGCCGGUGGCUCGUGCGCCUUCGCGGCUGCGGCGGGCGCGGCCGCCACCGGGAGCUUCCAGCCGGCGGUGUGCACGGGCGCGCGGCCGGUCAACCCCGCCGCCUAUGCCGCCGCCUAUGCGGGCCCCGACGGCGCGUACCCGCAAGGGGCGAGCAGCGCGCUCUUCGCCGCUGCUGCGGGCCGCCUGGCCGGACCCGCCUCGCCCUCCGCGGGAGGAGGCAGCGGCGGCGUGGAGACCGCGGUGGACUUCUACGGGCGCACGUCGCCGGGCCAGUUCGGAGCGGCGCUGGGGCCCUGCUACAAUCCCAGUGGGCAACUCGGAGCCGGUGGUGGCGGUGCCUACCACUCCCGCCACGCCACCGCCUACCCCGGCGCGGUGGAUCGGUUCGUAUCUGCCAUGUGAGCCGGGGAUAGGCACGAAACCUCACUGACUCCAGGACGUUCUGAAAGAUGUAAAUCCCCCGGGACCGGCGGACAGGACUAAAAAGUGAGACUGAGACUCCCGUGCGAGGCCCCCGAGCGCCGCAGAGGCUCGGUGUCUUGCACUGUUCACAGAUCCGAUUUGCUUUGGACGUGGGCGGACCUAGGGAGGCCACAGCAGCGUUUGGACUGACACAAGGGACCCUGCAUGAUGCGGAGCUAUAAAGAGCAUGCUUUUCCGCCGGUCUACUAGGGAGGGCCCUAGGCUGUAAAGGGUGGAGAGUUGCAGAGUUGUCUACACCAGAAUCUAAGAUCCCGACCGGUGGUGCAGUCGGAUGGCUUCACCAUGUGCUAUUAUGCUGCGCCAAACUCGGGUUACAUGCUCUCCUCUUGUACUUCUGACUACCGUACGCCAAUAAAAGGCUCGGACUCAGAGGUGCCUUUAUAAUUAAAGUGAGAACAAGUUUGCAAAAAGAAUUGCUUUUUAAAAAACAGUUCGAUUCAGCUGGACUGGUUUUCCCUGCCUCGGAGAACCGCAAGCCUGAGUCUCAGUCAUAACCGAAAAUGCCUCGGUGUGAUCCAGCCCCAAUACCUGAAUUUUUAGUCUGUCUGUUCUACAGAACUGUGUGAUUCUACCUUCUCAUUUUAAAACCCCCUCCCAUUAUCUUAGGUGCCAACCUUCCAUAUUUGGCAGCAUUGGUGAACCACCCAGGUCUUCCCAGUAACCACUCAACGUCCGAAGGCCAUCCAGAAAUGGGAACAGAUCAUUGGCAAGUAUUUAACCCAAAGUCCCAGGACUGGCUCCACGUAGAGAUUGUGCCCUAGUUAUUGAAUUUUUUGAGAGAGAUGUGUUGGUCAUUCUGCAGCAGUGACUACCCAGUCAAAAAUCUGAUUUUCUGAUAAGGAGAGUGUAGGUGGGAGACUGUCCUUAACUGGAGCCUUCUGUUGUUUCCUGUGCGCUCCUGCUUCAGCGCCCUCCUCCAACAAAAAGGAAGGAAAAGCAAUAAAUCGGAUGGUUAACAAAGCGAUCUUCAUUUUUUUAUUUUUUUUAAAAUUUUAUUCUGUAUCUUGUU